CCAGUUUCUUAUUUAAAGCAUUCAAAACUCCUCAACAUCCCAACAACAAAGUCAAAAGAGCCAGCCCCAGUUUGGUUUAUUUAUUCAACACCAAUUUAAAGCUUAGUGAAUUAUGAAAAAGAUGGCUAUCAUCAUCACCAUUUGCAUGAUCAAUAUAUAAUCUCUGCUGCUGCAUUUCAUAUGGUACUGCUGGUCAAAAACUUACCGAAUCAUCAAAGCUCUCUAGUUACAGGUUUCUUGCUCAAGCUUGAUCAACACUACUGAUUUUCAACUCUACCUACAGCUUAUAUUCAAGCCCUUGAAGCAUCUGUUUAUUUGUCUGUUUCUUUAUAUCAGUGGGAAAUUUAGAUUGUCCAAGAACUUUCACUUCUGGGUUUUAGGAGAUGAUUCGGAAUUCUGGUGCUUUUUCCCUUCUUGGCAUGUCUAAAUCAAGAGCUUGCACAUUUGGAGCUGUUCUGCUUAUCUGGCUCUGUUGCUCUUCAUUACUUGUAGCAGCACAAGAAGGAAUUACUGACCCUGUAGAAGUGAAGGCAUUGCAAGACAUCAGGAACAGUUUAAUUGACAUCAAUAAGAAUUUGAGUAAUUGGAGACGAGGGGAUCCAUGCACAUCAAACUGGACAGGGGUUUUGUGCUUCAAUACAACAAAAGAGGAUGCCUAUCUACAUGUUAGAGAAUUACAACUGUUAAAUAUGAAUUUAUCAGGAACUUUAUCACCAUCGCUUGGCCUCUUGUCUUACAUGGAGAUUUUGGAUUUUAUGUGGAACAGCAUUACUGGAAGCAUACCGCCGGAGAUAGGCAAUAUUAAAUCUUUGGAGCUCUUGCUCCUGAAUGGAAAUCAAUUAACCGGUCCCUUACCGGAAGAGCUUGGCAAUCUUCCAAAAUUGGACAGAAUACAGAUAGACCAGAAUCAUAUAUCAGGACCAAUACCUAAAUCAUUUGCGUACUUGAACAGCACAAAGCACUUUCACAUGAACAACAAUUCAAUUAGUGGGCAAAUCCCGGCUGAGCUUUCCAGAUUACCGAAUCUUGUUCACUUCCUUCUGGAUAACAACAAUCUAUCAGGAACUCUUCCGCCAGAUUUAUACAAAUUGCCGAAAUUACUUAUACUCCAGCUGGACAAUAACCAGUUUGAUGGGAGCACAAUCCCACCUUCUUAUGGAAACAUGACUCAAUUGUUGAAGUUGAGUCUCAGGAACUGUAGCUUGCGAGGUCUGAUGCCUGACCUGAGCGGGAUACCAAAUCUUGGCUAUCUAGACCUCAGUUUCAACCAGCUAGCUGGACCCAUACCUCCAAACAAGCUUUUUGAAAAUAUUACAACCAUCAAUUUAUCCAACAACACUCUUAACGGAACUAUUCCUGCCUACUUUUCAGACCUUCCUCGACUUCAGCUACUGUCAAUUGCAAACAAUUCAUUGAGUGGCUCUGUUCCCUCCACCAUCUGGCAAACUAGGACCAAUGGGAAUGAAGGACUUGACUUGCAUUUUGAAAACAAUAGGCUUUCAAAUAUUUCUGGCAGCACCAGUCUCCCUCAGAAUGUCACGCUAUGGCUUCAAGGAAAUCCGGCAUGCUCAAAUUCCAAUAUAGUAAAAUUUUGUGGAUCACAGAAUGGUGAUAUGAACGAUCAGAGUACAACAGAAUCUAAUGUUACUACCUGUUCCGUUCAAUCAUGCCCACCCCCUUAUGAAUAUUUCCAAACACCUACUAUAUCUUGUGUCUGUGCUGCCCCUUUGAUCUUCGAAUAUCGACUGAAAAGUCCUGGUUUCUCAAAGUUUAUCCCUUACAGAGUUGCAUUCCAGGACUAUUUGACCUCUGGUCUUGAAUUGCAUCUUUAUCAGCUAGACCUUUCUUCAGCUAUAUGGGAAAAAGGACCUCGAUUAAAAAUGCAGUUGAAGCUUUUUCCUGUCUAUGUUAAUGAAAACAGUUCUCAUAAAUUCAAUGACAGUGAGGUUCGACGCAUCAUUAGCAUGUUCACCGGGUGGAACAUUCCUGACAGUCAAUUAUUCGGACCUUAUGAACUUCUCUACAUCAAUCUGUUGGGUCCUUAUAUAAAUGUGCUUUCUGUCACCCCUCAAAAAUCUAAAUUAAGCACGGGUGCUCUGGUUGGCAUAGUAUUGGGAGCCAUCGCAGGAGCAGUUGCAUUAUCAGCAGUUGUUUCUCUUCUUAUCUUGAGAAAACGUUCGAGGAACCAUGGAGCAAUAUCAAAAAGACGUCGUGUAUCAAAAGCCUCCCUGAAAAUUGAAGGUGUGAAGUAUUUUUCUUAUGCUGAAAUGGCCUUGGCUACCAACAAUUUCAAUAGCUCCAGCCAAGUUGGUCAAGGGGGUUAUGGAAAAGUUUAUAAAGGAUAUCUCGCUGAUGGCAGAACUGUGGCUAUAAAACGGGCUGAAGAGGCAUCUUUUCAGGGUGAGAGAGAGUUCUUAACAGAAAUAGAGUUGCUGUCAAGGGUACAUCAUCGGAACCUGGUAUCUUUGAUUGGAUUUUGUGAUGAAGGUGGCGAACAGAUGUUGGUUUACGAGUUCAUGUCGAAUGGCACUCUCAGAGAUCAUCUCUCUGCGAAGGCAAAAGAACCUUUGAGUUUUGCGACAAGAUUGGGAAUUGCCCUGGCUUCAGCUAAGGGCAUCCUCUACUUACACACAGAAGCUGAUCCUCCAAUAUUCCAUCGAGAUGUCAAGGCAAGCAACAUAUUAUUGGACUCCAGGUAUAAUGCCAAAGUUGCUGAUUUUGGACUCUCGAAACUUGCCCCAGUACCAGACAUUGAAGGGGAUGUGCCGGGUCAUAUAUCCACGGUCGUGAAGGGUACUCCAGGUUACCUUGAUCCAGAGUACUUUCUGACUCAUAAAUUGACAGACAAGAGUGAUGUUUAUAGCCUUGGUGUCGUAUUUCUAGAGUUGCUGACUGGGAUGCAACCAAUCUCGCACGGCAAAAACAUUGUUAGAGAGGUUAAUAUCGCAUAUCAAACUGGUAUGAUCUUCUCUAUCGUUGAUGGACGAAUGGGUUCUUAUCCUUCCGACUGCGUCGACAAGUUCUUAACUUUGGCCAUGAAAUGUUGCAACGAUGAGACGGAUGAAAGACCAUCAAUGAUUGAUGUGGUCCGGGAACUUGAAAAUAUGUGGCAUAUGAUGCCAGAAUCGGAUACUAAAACAACGGAUACAAUGAACACUGAUACCGGAAUGGAAAUGACCUCACCCUCUUCAUGCUCUCUAUUGAAGAACCCUUACGUGUCGUCAGAAGUCUCUAGCAGCGACCUUGUUAGUGGAGUUGCUCCUACCAUCACUCCUAGAUAAAAUGAAAUACAAGGAAUAAAAAUAAAAUGGAGAACCAAAUUUUGGAUUGCCAUUGCUAUAGUCCUUCAAGAUUGGAUUGGGGGGAUUAUCUAUCAACUUUUUGGUUAGUUUUCUAGAGUCUUGGUAGAAUUCGUCUUUUUGUGAAAAUAGUAGGCAGAGCAAUAGAGAUACCUUUUACACUGCCAACAUAUCUUUUACUGACAUGUAAUGUAAUGAAGAAUUAAUUAAUGAUAUUGCUAUGAGAUCAAAA